AGAAUGUGGUUCUUCAAGAUUUUCAUCCAUAACUCCAUUGAAGGCUGCAAGGUUCUUGACACUCAUGAUGAUGAUGAUGAUGAAGAAUACCCUGGAUGAAACAGAUGGUGAUGCAAUCUUGAAAGGCCAGGCACAAAUAUUACGCUACAUAUAUGGUGUUCUUGAUGGCAUGGCUUUAAGAUGUUGUGUUGAGCUUCGUAUAGCUGACAUUAUAAGCAAUCAUGGUCGUCCUGCCACUUUGUCUGAAAUUGCUAGUGGCAUCAACUCUCCUUCAAUAAACAUGGAUGGGCUUGGCCGACUCAUGAGGUUCUUGGUUUAUAAAAAGGUGUUUGAUGAAAUGCCUGAACCAGAAAAAGGAAUGGGAGAGGGAGAAAAAGUUUACUCACUGAACUAUUGUUCUAAGUGGUUGUUAUUGGAUACAAAUGUGACAUUGGCACCCACGGUUAUGAUGCGGACGGACCCAUCAAUGGUCUUGCCCUUGCAUGUACUGAGCCGAUCCAUCAAAGAAGGUGGUACAACCUUUAAAAUGACUCAUGGAGAAGAAAUGUUUGAUUUUUCUCAUCAUAACUCAGAAUUCAAUAGGAUCUUUAACGAGGGCAUGUCGUGCAGUGCUAAGAUCACCUUAGAUGUGAUCAUAUCGAAAUACAAGAAUGGAUUUCUUGGGUUGAAAGGAAGCGUCGUUGAUGUUGGCGGUGGUACUGGGGUGGCAAUUUCUGAGAUUGUGAAGACAUAUCCACAUCUUAAAGGGAUCAACUUUGAUUUACCUCAUGUUAUUUCCACGGCACCAACAUAUGAUAGGGUUACCCAUGUCCCUGGGGACAUGUUUAACACCAUUCCUCCUACCGAAACAAUAUUUAUGAAGUGGAUUUUGCACGAUUGGAGUGAUGAAGACUGUAUCAAGAUUCUUACUAACUGUCGAAAAGCGAUAUCUAAAGAAUGUGGAAAAGUUAUUAUUGUGGAAGUAGUUCAGAAUUCCACUGAAGAUGAUUUUUUCGAUGACACACGUCUUACAUACGAUUUGGUGAUGUUUUCACACUUUUCUGGAGGAAGAGAACGAACAGAAAGUGAAUGGAAGAAGCUGCUUGAAGAAGGAGGCUUUUGUCGUUACAAUAUUAUCAAGAUUCCUGCAAUUCAGUCGAUCAUCGAGGCUUUUCCAUAGUAACAUUAUAUGUUCAAUUUAAUGUUUUAACAU